AAUCGAUAGAAACCAUAAGAAGCAAUCGAAGGGGGAGGAAAAGCCUUCUUUAUCGGCCAAAAACUCCCCAAAAAAACAUCGAAAAUGCUGCGGAACCCAAUAGGAGGRUUAAUAUACUUGACUAUUCUUUAUAUGAGCUCAUUUUUGGGCUCGAUUUUUAUCAUGGGUCCGUCACUACCUCUUCUUCUGUGUCGACCUUCAUGGUUUCGUUGGUAUAAUGAUCGAAGUAUUGGUCUUUGGUUGAUCCUUCCUCCGGCGCUUUUAGAACUGGUUUUUGGUGUCAAAGUUAUAAUCACGGGAGAAAAGCCGCCAGCCAAUGAGGCAUCUCUGAUUAUCAUGAACCACCGCUCUCGGCUUGACUGGAUGUAUUAUUGGUGUUGCCUUCACCGUUAUGGAGACUUAAAACAUGAGAAAAUUAUACUUAAAGAUGAUCUAAAGAAUAUCCCUGGACCAGGCUGGGCAAUGCAGAAUGCCAUGUUCAUAUUCUUAAAAAGACGCUGGCAACAUGAUGAGGGUUACCUAAGAGAAGUUUUAGACUAUUACAAUGAAGUGUCUUACCCUCUGCAGCUACUUCUGUUCCCUGAGGGAACUAAUCUUGAUAGUGCCACCAAAGUUAAAAGUGAUAGUUUUGCAAGGAAAAACAACCUCCCCUGCUAUGAAUAUGUCCUUCAUCCACGCGUCCGGGGAUUUACUUAUUGUAUACAAAAGCUGCGCCAUGGUAGAUUGCAAGCUGUCCACAACGUAACUGUAGGCUAUGAUGUUAAUCGUUCAUUCUGGGAGUUGGAUCUUCUUCUUGGAAAUUUCCCUCGUGAAAUUCACUUUCACUUUGAAAGAUAUCCAAUAGAAAUGUUACCAGAGGAUGAAAAGGGACUGGAAAAGUGGUGUACUGAAAAAUGGGAGGAGAAGGAAAAAGUACUCAGGAAAUUCUAUGCCGACGGUCAAGGUUUCUGUCCUCGAGAAGAAGCUGAGCCCAGAAGUGAACUGCACGUUGAAUCCAGAGCAAGAAAUCAAUUGAAAGCUGCUCUCUUGUUUUGGCUACUUUUUAUAAUUCUUUCUCUUAUGGCUAUCUACUAUUUCCUUAUCGUUAGAUGGUAUUUUUAUGUCAUGUUUACCACGUAUCUUCUUCAGUCUAUUUUGGGUAACGGUACAGAUAGAUUGCAAAUAUGGUCUCAUCAUAAGUUUUCUCUAAAGAAAGAAUAAUUUGCAGCUUUUGCCUUGUCAAUAAACAAAAUGAAUUGAGCUUUGAUUUGGGAUGAUUUGAGUUGGGAUAAUAAACCAGUUCCUUCUUUUGUUUAAACCUUCUUUUGAUCCUAAUUAAACAAAAGAAGGUGAGAAAUUUGGGAUAAAACCAGAUGUGCACUGAAAACAAUUCUUAAACUAUGAACUGGCUUAUUCUAAAAGCUUCUACCCUUCAUUGUAAUAUUUUCCAAUUAAAGAACACGUAAUUAACUUCUAAACUCACUAGCAAAACCUUGCUAGUAAGUUUUAAUCUCAGCAAAAAUGUCAAUGUUACUAGUGAUUGGACAUGGUGAAUAACAAACGUAACUUGAUGCAGGUUCUGAACUUUUCAGUCCUUCAAUAAGUUAUUUUGUCACUCACUAAAUACAAAAUUUCACCCACAUUAAUUUUGCGAGUUUGCAAGCGUUAAUUUUUGUGCACUGAAUUACAGAGAACUUGAAUAUUGUCUCUUUGUUUACUGGUGUCAUUUGAUAUACACUAACAUAGUUGUAACUCAAAGAAUUAUUAUAUUCCCAAGGGGAUGACACAUGGUCCACAAUGGAGCUUAAUAGGGCUGUUAUAAUAAACUGGAUUUCUUACAUCUAA